AUGCAUCUUCAUGAAUUGUUGUUUUAUACCGUCAUUAAUGAUCCAAAAGAUGAUCAGGUUACACUCUGUGUAACGAAUUACACAAAUCAAGCAUGGCCAAUCUACAAUCAAAUAUCAGUUCUCAUUCAUUAUCUUGUACCGUGCUCUAUUCAGUUUGUGUCUAUUACCAUUCUUAUUGUAACUACUGCUCGUCAUCGUGCACUUGUUGUAACAAACCGAACGUAUCAAGAAAUAUUUGUGAAACAAUUUAAAGCAAGCAAAGAGUUAUUCAUAACACCACUUAUCAUACUUCUCAGUGCAUUACCUCAAGCUAUUAUUGCAUUCAGUCUUGCAUGCAUUGAACUCAAUCAAUCAUGGCAACGAUAUAUUCUAUUAUCAGCCUAUUUUCUCUCUUAUUCACCUCAAUUACUUGGCUUUGUUUUAUUUGUGUUGCCUUCUUCAGCAUACAAGGAAGAAUUUUAUAAAACAAAAUUAGCAAAAAUAUUUUCUCGAACAAACUACAAAUAA